AGAGAAGAGCAUAAACAAAGCAUAAAUAUUUUUGGUAUAUCAAGAGAAAAGGCAAGAAAAGUCCAGACUGAUUCAGCUUAAAAAAUAUAUAUAUUUCUUUUCCAAAUACAUACCAAAGAAAAUAAUCAAAGCAUAUUAUACACACCCGCGUAAAAUUAAAAAAAAAAAAAAAAAAGGAACGAGGGGAAACCAUGAAAAUCACCCUAGAAUUCCGCGGAGGGGCCGAGCUGCUGGUGAACAACGUUGCCAAGCAUUCCGUUGAUCUCGAGGGACCCAAGUGGACCAUGGCACAGCUGCUGCAGUGGGUGAAGGAGAACCUCAUCGAAGAAAGGCCCGAGCUCUUCCUCCAGGGGGAUUCCGUGCGGCCAGGGAUCCUGGUGCUGGUGAAUGACGCAGAUUGGGAGCUCCUCGGUCAGCUGGAGUACGACCUCCAGGAGAACGAUAAUGUGUUGUUUAUUUCCACUUUGCACGGAGGCUGAUUUUUCCCGUAUGAGGCGUAUAUGUGUUGUGAUGUGAGGAAUUAAAGAUCACUGUGUGA